ACUUUACACGCUUCGUCCGCGCCAAGAGUUUCUUUUUGAUGUCAAUACGCAUACCCUACAUUUAUGGUGGCCAGAUUUAGUACAAGCAAAGAAGAAAUAAAAACUGGUGCUUUGGUUUUAGUGUGUUUAGCAGGUCUGUCGGGUAUUGCGUGUGCUCCUUUAUAUGGGGGUGGCUCCCACCGUGGUUGUUUGCAUUUUGAGCCCGGCGGACACGUUACCAUCUUUGCAAAAUUGUUGUUUCUGCUGCUGCUGCUGUCGUUGUAAUUGUCCGUUGGUGCUGGUGC